AUGUCUCUUCUUGAAGCAUCAGAAAAAGCACAAGUUUUGAAUGACCAAUUGACUAAAAAGUCUUCAGAGUUGAGCUGCAUGCUUCAGACUGUUAUUAUGGAAAAAGCCAGAAUCAUUGCUGACCAUCAGACCAUUCUGCAGGUAGAGCAGAAAAUGAUAACGCAGACAUUUCAAGAAUAAAACUUAUUGCUGGAUGCAGCCCAUGCCAAUAUCACAAGUGAACUACAGACUGUUCAGAAUGAGAAAACCCAACUCCAAGCACAUCUGGAUCAUUUAAUCCUUGAGCAUAACCAGUGUAUCCAGAAAGCACAGGAUGCUGAAAAGAGAACAGCUGUGCAAAAAGAGCUGCUAGAAUCAACUAUUGCAAGAUUGCGAGGUGAAUUGGAAGCAUCAAUGCAAGAGAAGAAGUCUCUGCUAGAGGAGAAAGAAAGAUUUCAGAGGGAGGUUAAUAAAACAGAAAAAGAAAGAGUGCAAGAAAGAUGCAAUUUGGAAAAGGAAUUAGCUAAAAACCAGGUAGACAUAAAUACAUUAACUCAUAACCUGCAGACUCUUGAAGAAGAGAAUAAGCACCUGGCAGAUCAAAUGGCUUCGCUAGAAAUUCAGCAAGUCACUUCUGAUUACCAUGGGCUUGCCCAACAGCAGGUGGAAAAAGUCUUGGGAAAAAUUACUGAAAGUAAAAAUAAACUGGCCUAUGAAAAGGGAAAACUCCAGAUAAAAGUUAAACAGCUAGAGGAACAAGUACAAUCUUUCACUGACACCAGCUUACAGAAUGAUCAUCUAUGCAAGAUGAAUAAGUCUCUACAGACUAAAUAUGCUCAGGUGAAAUCUAUUCUUGAAAGAAGUAAAGAGGCGCUGUCCCAAACAGUGAAGUAUCAUGAUGCGGCCCUGAAGGAGAGUCAGAAGUUGAAAGAAAACCUCAAGGCUGUGGAGGACAGGGAAAACAAGAAGGUGGGAAACUUUCAGCAACAAUUGGCAGAAGCUAAAGAAGACAACUGCAAAGUCACAGUCAUGUUGGAGAAUGUGCUGGCUUCUCACAUUAAGAUGCAAGGUGCUCUGGAGAAAGUACAAAUAGAGCUUGGGCGGAGGGAUUCAGAGAUUGCAGGCCUCAAGAAAGAAAGGGAUCUCAAUCAACAGUGGAUACAGAAACUGGAAGCUGAAGUGGACCAGUGGCAGGCCAGGAUGCUUGUCAUGGAGGACCAGCACAGCAGUGAGAUUGAAGCUCUACAAAAAGCUCUAGAUGUAGCUAGAGAAGACAACAGGAAACUUGCUAUGAGUCUGCAACAAGCUCUGCAGACAAAUAAUCAUCUGCAAACAAAGCUAGAUCACAUUCAAGAGCAACUGGAAAGCAAAGAACUUGAGCGACGGAAUUUGGAAACCUUCAAAGACCGGAUGACUGAAGAGUCCAAAGUGGAAGCAGAAUUCCAUGUUGAACACAUAGAAGCUCUAAGAAAGCAGUUUCAAACCGAGAGAGAAACUGCAAAGAAAGUGGCACAACGGGAAGUGGCUGAGCUGAAGAAAGCCCUUGAUGAAGCUAACUUCAGAUCAGUGGAAGUGUCCCGGACCAACCGAGAGCUGCGACAGAAACUUGCAGAGCUAGAAAAAAUACUAGAAAGUAACAAGGAGAAAAUAAAGAAUCAAAAGACCCAAAUUAAGCUCCACUUGUCAGCUAAGGCGAAUAAUGCUCAGAAUAUAGAAAGGAUGAAGCAAAUAGAAAAAGAAUUGAAGCAACUAGAGCUAAUUAAGGAUCAAUAUCAGAAAAAAAACUAUGAACAGUCUUUGAGUAUCCAGAGAUUUGUGUGUGAAAUGACUAACCUGAAGAAAGAGAUGCAGAUGUUGGCCAAGAGCCAAUAUGAUGCCUCAGUGUGGAAUAAACAGCAAGAGCUGCAAUUAGAAGCAGAGCGGAAAACAAGGCAGGAGCUAAAGAAUCGGUGCCAGGAAUUGGAAGAAACUAUCAGACACCUGAAGAAAUAUGAAGAGGCAACAGAGAAUAAGCUGAAAGAAGCCAGUGUGGAAUCAGAACAGCUAACAGCUAAUCUGGAAGAAGCCCAUCGCUGGUUUAAGCACAGGUUUGAUGGUGUACAACUUAAGCUGACGGAAAACCGGUUGCAGAGGCCUUCUGGGGAAGACAGGUGGCAGGAAAAGGACCAAGAUGUAAAACAUGAUGUCAUGUCCAACCAAUCUCUUCUGCAUCGAUGGGAGAAAAAACAGAAUCGGCCCAUGCCCAAGAAGUAUCAUUCUGAGGUACAGAGGAAGUGAUGUCCUUGACAAGGGAGCUUCUUUAUGUGUAGCUACACUCCAUGAUUCCAAAAACCCCAGCAGCCAGGGCUGGCCUGUUUCUGGAGUCAUAAGAACAUGAAGUCUUUGAUGUGGGCUGAAGAUUUUGGACCUGAGUUUAUCACUUUAUGAACUCUUAUAUCAGUACAAAACUACCCCUUUUUUUGUCCCUUUUCAC